UAUGAUAUCCGAUGUAUUUUCUAUGAGCGAUUAUAAGGUUAACAAGCUUAAUACCGUAGCUUGUCACCCACUACAACUAACACGGCGAUAAGCCUGUGUGUGAACUGAUAUUAGGCUAAUAUUGUAGACCUACCUAUGUGUUGGGUUUUGCUCAAUAUGAUGUUAAGUGGCAGAUCAGUGGGCUUAAUGCGGUUGAAUAUCUAAAGAGACGUACUCGGUUUCAGACAAACCUAAAAUACUAUGGAGGAUGCAAAAUAAUAAUUAUAAUAUGACCGCGUGGUGAACCAUAUGAACCGAGCUCAUAUUUAAACGCGGUCCAUGCUAUGUACACAUGCUGUGUACCCAUAGCUAUCCUUACAAGUACAAUUUUGGCUGUAUUAUUUGUGUCCCCUUCAAAAAUUGAUCUUGAGAAAUUUAAUGUUUAUUGCCCCCCCUACUGUUAGAUGAAAUUUACACCCCUGGCUGUAAACAGUUUAUUCUCAGUCCUCUUCUAUUCCUUCAGUUCAGCUGAAUGUUUCUCAGGCUGGGAAUUUAUUUGAAGAACUGCUGCAAAGUCUUGCUGUCCGCUUUAAAACUGUAACGCAAUAUUACCAAUGAGGUUUGUCAGGGAAGAAGGUGCAGGAGUCACUCACUUCCUGUCACGUGAUGAUGAUGUCACUGCAGGCGCAGAGGUUAAAUCACUUGAAACAGAAAGUGAAAGUAAAGGUAAGCAGCAGCUCGAAGCCUGCUGAGACGAUUCCCUGCACAUCUGUGUUCUACGCACGUGUUUAUUUUUAGAUAUUAUAAAUCAUUAUAAAUAUUGAGAUUAUGUUUUGAAUGCAUUUUUUUUUUCUAGAAACCAUCUUCAUGGGCUCAGUGUGAUCCGUUUCAGUAAAGAUGGUGACAAGACCUGAAACACUUCCUGCGAUGACAGCGAUCAGCUCCAGUCCAGUUAUCCGGAUUGUCCUGAUGGGCGGAAACGCUUCUGGGAAAAGCUCAUCUGGAAACACUUUACUGAGAGAAAAUGGAUUUAUAAUGACUCUGAAGUUUGUGAGGAAAAAAUACAGGUUGAUGAUAACAAUUAGGUGAACAUGACUGAUUCUUCAAAAUGUGCAUAAAUAAAAAUAGUUUUAUUACUCGAGACCGAAGAAGAAACUUUAGCGCCACUCCCACUUUGAAAACCUACUGAUCUCCAACGAUUGAGUGGCGGAGGAACAGCAAAUCACACGAGUAAGCUGGACCGGAAUAUUCCAAAUAAUGGUCUAGCAGAGGCUGCCGCGGGCGCAUGCGCAUGCGCGUUACGUCCUCGAGACCGUAUUGUGCUGAGACGCUAUUGGGUUUCUGGCAUAGACUGUAAAAAAGAUGGACGACGCGUCUCCGCUUCCUUCCACUAUAGAAAAGUGAAGCGAAUACAUCUCAGUAUGACCGCUGCCAUCUUGAGUAAAUGACGUCAUUUGGAGCCCGAGUCUGCGCAGUAGAGAUUCGUUUGGAGCCCGAGUCUGCGCAGUAGUGUCGUGAGGUGGAGCCGCGGAAUCAAACUCCCGCCCAAACUCCCGCAGACCCGAUCAACCAUAACGACACGCCCCGUUUUUAUAGCAUCAAAUUACUAGCUAAAAUCAAAUGUAUCACAAAAACGAACAAUUGAACAUAUAUCAGCGUGAUAACAACUACCUUAAAUGACCAAAACCAUAUUUCGGAAUAUUGUAUUAGAAGUGUAAUUUUAAUUUUUUAUUUUGACUGAAGUCCCAUUCGUUUACAUGGAGAGGGCGGGGUUUAUGACCUGUACUGCAGCCAAACACCAGGGGGCGAUCUAAGAGCCCGCAGCUUCACUUUUAAGGAUGAGUGAGACACACCCGGUCAGAAGUGUGCGCUACUGAAUGACGUCACGGAAGUGUCCUCAUAAAUGGCUCGUGCAACAGGAGUCCUGCAGUUACAUUGACCGGGGGAGAAGGCGAUCUAAGGUUCUUCAUUUGAAUGCAAUCAUGUACAACAUCACAGUGUCGUGUGCAGAGAUUAAUACUCCAGCGGGGUUUGUGUACGUGAUUCUGCCUGUUUUACUGAAUCAAACUGAUAAUCCUGACUGUGAUCAGAGCUGGUAUCUACAGGACAAGCGUCUGAUAGCAGAUCCAUCAGAUCCUCAGAAACUGAUUGCUCCUGUUAUUUCUGUCUCCUCUGAUCGUCUCGUCACGUCUCACUGUGUGAAUGAACUUCAUCACGAGAUCAUCUGUCAUUCUGAUGGAUUAAAACAUGAGACUAUGUUCAGAGCAUUUAAUGACUCCGUCAGCGGAUCGACUCAAUCUCCAGAAUCACUGGUGGUGGAUUUCUGUCCUGAUCUUCAUUGUUCUUCUGGUUUUUAUCUGUUUCUUGCUGCGGAAAAGGAUCUUCAGAUGUUUUCCGAGCGUCUUUCAGCGCAGUGAUUCAGAAAUCAGGGAUCCUGAAUCUGGUGUCCAAAUGCAGCUCAGAUCAGAUGAAUCUGAUUCACUGAAUCAAUCUGAAUCUGAGCAGAUCAACGGCUCCGUGUCCAGAGGAUGACCUUCAUCAUCAUCAUCAUGGCUGAUUUACUCAGACUCAGGGCUCCUCGGGAGAUUUUUUUGCAUCAUUCUGAGCUUCUUAACUUUUAUUUAUUCUAUUCAUUCUCAUUCAUCUGCAUCUGUCUGUUUUAUUAAUGCAGCUGAAUCUUAAAGACUCCCUUGUGUUUCUGAUCGAACCCAGGUCUCUCUUUUAAUAUGGCGAAUUCUGUAGAGGAUUUUUAUUGAUAUUAAUCAGAAUUACUUAGACAUAAUCAAGGUGAAUUUUGCCUAUAAAGUAUCUAUUGAAUCUUCCAAUAUAUUCUGAAGGCCUUUGUGUCAAAAUGUAUACGUGGCAGGCACAUCUGGAAGAAAUGAGGAGGGGGCUUUCUCCCCUUUACCAUAACAAAGUCUGGAUGGCCUCCUCUCCUUUGGGACAGAUAGAAUUACAUACGCAAGUGAAAUAUAGAAUUGUAUACAUGUGACUUAAUGUAUAGAAACCCCCUCCUCUGUUUAAAAUUUGUGUAUAUAUACUAGGGACAAAGGACAUGUGGGGAAGCUCCUCUGCAGACGAGUUUUGAUUUUAUUCCUAUAGAAAUAAAAUCUAUUCAGACUCCAAGAUUGCGUUUCGUUCUUUGAGCUGCGACGGACGACACUUCAAUUCCUGCUUCAGCUUUCACUAAAUGCAUUGGGCUACUUUGUAUUAUUAUCAUUGUCAUAUGGACAUACAUUUGAGGAGUCUGAUUCCUCUCAGACACUUCAUGGAGUUUUAUGUGAGCUCAAAAUCAUUAAAUCAUUGUUUCUGCGAAGCUGCUGAUAUUGAGACAUAGAUUUCUGUUGAAACAGUAUGUAUGGUGAAAGUGAAAAAAGUGAAAGUGAAGUGUGGCCAAGACCCAUACUCAGAAUUUGUGCUUUGCAUUUAACCCAUUCAAGUGCACGCUCACACACACACACACACACACACAAACAUGUUCGUUUUUUGUGAAAAGUGGGGAAAUCCCAUAGGUGUAAUGGUUUUUAUACUGUACAAACUACACCAGUUGUUCUUGGUUCAGGUUUCAUCUUUACUGCGGCUGUUCUGUUUCCUGUGAUUUGGUUUCUAGAUUUCCUGAUGAAGUGUAAAUGAGUUUAUUCUGAUUAAAAUAUAAUGUAUUUAUUGUUGCCUGGUCCAUAAUUCAUCCCUAGUAAUACUGCUGUGUUGUUAAUCUUGUUUGCUUGAGCAAACGUUUUGUACACACUCUAAUGCAUUGGUCUCAAACUGAAUUCCUGGAGGGCCACAGCUCAGCACAGUUUAGCUCCAACCCUAAUCAAACACACCUGAUCCAGAUAAUCAAGGUCUUUAGGAUCACUAGAAAUCACUAGGUGUUAUUUAGAGCUAAACUCCGCAGAGCUGUGGCCCUCCAGGAACUGAGUUUGAGAUCACUGCUCUAAUGGAUUAUGAUAUAACACACAAGUAAGAUUUUAAAACAGUAUUCUGUCAUUAUUUACAUUAUAAAGCUGUGCAAGUAAAACGACUGUACACCAUCCUAUAAAUUGAUGUCUUGUUUGAAUUUGUUCAUUCAUCUUAAUUCAAAGCUGCAAUGUUUUUCUUCAUGGAAAUUUAAUGAGCAUUUAACGAGUUAAUAAAAUAUUUCAACUCAA